AUGGCGUCUCCGAAAAGUUCUGAAAGCUCAGACGCGUCAACGCCUCGGUCAUCUUCACCAUCGUCGUCCGUUAGCUCAGGUCGUUCCACCCAUACAUCUGUAUCUGAUAAGUCCAUGUUCACAUCUGGCCGCAGGCUUACCUACUUGAACCCCAUGUCAACCGUCAACGUCUCGGCCAUCGAAGAAGCAAUGAAAAUGGCGGCCCUUGACCAGCAUCGCGGCUACGUCAAGGACACCUGUAGCGCGGUCCAGCAAUCCCGCAAAACCCAGUACAUCUCCCAGACAUGUGCUGCUGGCUACCAAAUCAUCCGCGAGCCUCUCUGGAACAAGGGUCUUUCUUUUACUCCAGAGGAGCGUGUUAGCAAAAACCUCACCGGUCUCCUGCCCCAUGCCAUGGAGAGCCUUCAAACUCAGUGCGCCAGAGCGAUGAAGAUGAUCCAAACCCGUCAAACCAACCUUGACAAGUAUCUUUAUCUGUCAAAUCUCAAGGACCACAACGUUGACUUGUUUUAUCGACUCCUGAUGGACAAUGUACGCGAGCUCAUGCCUCUGGUUUAUACACCUACCAUUGGUGACGUCUGUUUGCAAUACUCCAGCAUCUACACCCGCCCAGAAGCAUUGUACAUCUCCAUUAAGCAAAAAACGUCGAUUCGCACCAUGCUGAGAAACUGGCCCUGCUCGGAUCCAGAGAUUUGUGUCGUCACCGAUGGAUCUCGUAUCCUGGGACUGGGUGAUCUGGGUAUGAACGGCGUGGGCAUCUCCAUUGGAAAACUCGCCUUGUACACCGCCGCCGCAGGCAUACAUCCCGCAAAGACUUUGCCCAUCGUCUUGGAUUGCGGCACCAAUAGCGAGGCCAAUCUCAAGGACCCUCUGUAUCUAGGUCUCAGACAGAAGCGGCCGUCCGUAGAGGUGCAACUAGAGUUCAUGGACGAAUUCAUGGAAGCUGUGAAAGAAGUUUAUCCCAACAUGGUUGUGCAGUUUGAAGACUUUGAGAGCGAAAAGGCAUUUAGAUAUCUAGAUCGCUACAGAAGUAGCCAUCGUGCCUUCAAUGACGAUAUUCAAGGCACUGGUGCCGUUGUCCUUGGCGGGUACAUUGGGGCCGUGAACCUGUCGGGUGUUCCUAUCGAAGAACAGCGUCUGGUCUUCAUGGGUGCGGGCUCCGCCGGUGUUGGCGUGGCUAAGCAGCUCGUUGAGUACUACACCCGACGAGGCUUCUCAGAAGCGGACGCCCGUGAUAAGUUUUGGCUCGUUGACACCAAGGGUCUCGUUACCAAAGACCGCGGUGACAAGUUGGCGGAGCACAAGAAGUACUUUGCUCGUACCGACAACAACGGCCAGCAGUUUCGCACUUUGGAAGAGGUCAUUGAGUACGUCAAGCCGAGCGCCCUGGUUGGCCUCGCUGCCACGUUUGGUAUUUUCACCGAGUCCAUAGUCCGAGCCCUCAAGGCUUCUGUUGACGCGGGCGGUGCGGGCCGCCGACCGAUCCUGUUCCCUCUCAGCAAUCCCUUGACCAAAGCCGAGUGCACAUUCGAGCAGGCGGUGCAAUGGACCGAGGGCUCUGUCAUCUUUGCCUCUGGAUCUCCGUUCCAGUCCUUCUCCGUCAAGGUUGGGGGCGAAGUUGGUGAGAUGACGUAUUACCCGAACCAGGGAAACAACGUAUACGUAUUUCCAGGCCUGGGUCUGGGUGCCAUUCUAUCCAAAGCCUCCCGUGUCACAGACAAUAUGGUGUAUACCUCGGCAGAGGCGUUGGCGGGUUCGCUGAACGCCGAGGAGAUUCAAAGAGGGUUGAUUUACCCGCGCAUUGAGCGUGUCCGUGACGCCAGCAUCAACGUUGCCAGAGAAGUGAUGAAGGCGGCUAGACGAGAUGGAGUGUCAGAACUGCCCGACAAGUAUUGGCACGAGUGGGAAGAAUGGGGCGAUGUUGCCCUCAACGCCUUCAUCAAGCAGCAAACUUACAACCCAAUGUGUUUUACCGAUGCUCGCGGCCGACUGUAG